AUGGACUCACCUGCAUCCUCUCUCCUCUCACCUUCACUCACAGACAUCUCCUUCACCGAUCGCACUGGCCCUCACUCGAGGGGACACCUUGAUCUCUCCGUCUCUGAUUUCACUCUCCCCCACCCUCAACCUCUACCACCGUCAUUGUGCCCUAAGGCCAUCUCACUCAUUAUUCAAUCCUUCCCAUCUGCGGAUGCUGCACCUCUAGAUGAACCACCUUAG